GACCAAUCGUCCUACGUGGAGAUCUUGAAGGCCGUCCUCUCUCUCUCUCUCUCUAGUUAUUCCGUGUGCGCUCACAAAUCCAAGAGUCACCACCAUCUCAGACAACCUUCUCUUUUCCUCUCUCUCUCUCUCUCUCUCUCUCUCUCUUUGGAAAUGGCGGUUCCUGUGGUUCGGUUCCCCAUCGUUAGUCUUAUACGGAUCAUCGGAGUUACAGUCGCAGCUUUGGUUCUCACAUGGUCGCUGCACUACAGAGGCGGCAUGUCGCUUAUCGCCGACAAUAAAGAUCUCAUCUUCAACGUUCAUCCAGUUUUGAUGGUGAUUGGCCUAAUACUUUUGAAUGGAGAAGGCAUGCUAGCUUACAGAACAGUAUCAGGAACAAAAAGUUUCAAGAAGUUAGUUCAUCUCAUGCUGCAGUUCCUGACUUUAUGUUUGAGUGUGAUUGGUGUAUGGGCUGCUUUGAAAUUUCACAAUGAUAAAGGCAUUGAUAAUUUCUACAGUCUGCAUUCGUGGCUAGGCCUAGCUUGCCUUCUGCUAUUUGGCAUCCAGUGGGCUACUGGAUUUGCAACCUUUUGGUACCCAGGUGGCUCGAGAAACGGCAGAGCAACCCUACUGCCUUGGCAUGUUUUUUUCGGGGUUUAUAUUUACGCCCUUGCUGUUGCUACAGCUGCCACUGGAAUCUUAGAAAAACUCACAUUUCUUCAAACCAAUCAAAUAAUAACACGCUAUUCGACUGAGGCUUUGUUAGUAAACUCUUUGGGGAUCUUGAUUGUUGUACUGGGUGGUUUUGUUAUUCUGGCAAUUAUUACUCCUAAUGGCAAGAGUGAUGCUUUUAGAGGAGCAACAGAAUAGGCACGAUUUGUAUCUUGUUAUAAUUCACCAGGGACUAAGAGGAGUGGUUUUGCUCAACUUGUAGGUUUUCUCUUGUAACAAAAAAUUACAAACCAGAAUUAAAUCCCUUGAAAAUUUUUCAA